CGCGGCACGCCUACUCUCUCCAGUCCUACAUGGUCGUCGUUGGCACGGAUAGUCAUGUCCGUUUUCUAUGGAUAUGCUCGUUCGUACUCUGGGGUCUGUCUCUGAUAUUGACAUGUCUAUCCUCCACCCUGCCUCUGUUCGACUCAUCAUCCAACGUUGUCUUGACGUCGUCUGAUGCGUUGUGGUACCAGUUCGCCAUCCGACCAUUUCUUCGUUGGGAUACCUUCCACUUUGCGCAUAUCGCUCGUCAUGGCUAUGUCUACGAGUAUGAAUGGGCUUUCUUCCCUGGUGCGCCUCUUGUGAUGCGGACAAUAGCCCGCUUUCUGCACUUCGUCUGCCAGAAUGAAGGCCAGCUUCUCUGCUAUGAGGACCUACUACUUGGUGGCAUGGUCGCUGCUCUAUCGAGUGGUAGUGUGAUUAACCUCUACCGGUUGACUUUGCAUCAUAUGCGUUCUCCGAAUGUGGCCCUUCUUGCCUCGCUGUUAUCGCUGCUCCCGAGCAGUCCGGUCACCCUUCGUCUGGCUCCGUGUACCGAACCGUUCUUCACAUACCUGUCAUAUAAAGGCAUGUUGUACUGUGCUACCGGGCAAUGGCUCCUGGCGUCGGGAUGCUUUGCCGUCGCGUGCAUGUUCCGCUCCAACGGCAUCAUGCUCGCAGGAUUUAUUAUCUGGGGGAUGCUCGUCGAGCCCUUCCUCAGCUCACGCAAGAUCACCAUCACCAGACUUCUCCGUAGUGUCGUCCUGACCUCCACUAUACUGAUGCCCUUUGUAUGGCACCAAUACUCAGCGUAUAUCGCAUUCUGCACCGCCGAGACUCCCGCUCCCUGGUGCUCGCACGUCCCGCCUUCAAUAUACGGCUAUGCCCAGUCCAAGUACUGGAACGUCGGCUUCCUGCGGUACUGGACUCCCGAGCAACUUCCGAACUUCCUCAUCGCCGCACCGCCCCUCGUUCUGCUCCUCAGCUACUCAGUACAUUACUUGCAGCGCGCUCUCCUUCCUCGACUACGCCCAUCCCUAAUAUCACAACACAUCCCCGAGAAGGACGGCUCGAAGACGCAAAGCGCCUCACCCUUCCUCGCUCCGUCCAUAGCACCACACGCGAUCCACGCCCUGAUCCUCACGCUCACGCUGCUCUUCGCCGCCCACACGCAGAUCGUCCUCCGGCUCGCGGCCUCGAUGCCAUUCACGUACUGGGCCGCCGCGUGGCUCCUCGUCGAACACCGCCGGUGGGGCAUGUACUGGGUGAGCUGGAGCGUCGUCUGGGGGGCGGUGUCCAUUGUUCUUUGGACGACGUUCUUGCCACCUGCGUAGCCGCGUCAAAUUCUCAGGCCUAUAGUCGAUUUUGUUGCAUCGACAUGACACUCGCAAUACACGUCGCAUCCUUGGAUAGGCUUUGUGUGGCUGUUCUAGGAGCGUCGGGGAUUCGACGGUCGUCGGUCGUCUGCAGGAUGAAGGAGAUACGUUGUGAUUUAUGGCGCGGGUACACCCCACAACAGCGAUCGAGCACGACUACGAUGCAUGUGCUAAGAGCAGUGGAUUGAGAAGCGCAAGGAAUGCGGUGUCAUCCCUCACUGCGACGAUAGUUCAUACACUAUUUGACUAACAUUGGAGGCCUAGGGAAAGCAUGACACUACAAAAACAAGAUGCGGAGAUUGUAUACAAGACAAGAACAUGCGACUUCC